CUCCCGGGUUACUACCCACUGAGAAACCUUCUCUCCUCCAUCUGCGUUGUUUUCGAUCGCUUUGGAUUUUUACUGGUGAUUUACCAAAGGACAUGGAGAGUCUGGCUGGCUUCUCUUGACUCAACACCCUUUCUCCUGUACAUCCAACCUCCUCGAGAGCGUUGUCUCCGCUCCACGACUCUUCCCGGACACAACGACGACCUGACACACAGACAAAGGGAGGAUGUCGAAUAGCGCAUUCCCGCACGAAUCUCGGAAUGGCAAUCUCGCCGCCCCCAGAGACUCGUUAGAACUCGCCUCACUCGCCUCCUCCUCCCCCGUCUCCGUUGGAGGUUCCUCCCGCUCUUCAUCCCCCGACGGAAUCUCCUCCUCGCGCAAGCUCUCCCUCGAUGAUGAAGAUCCCCUCGCCGGCGAGGAAGGGGACGGAUACCUGGAAACAGGCCGUCAACGCCCUCUACGCUCCUACUCGAUCUCCUCCGCCUUUGACUUUGGCCGCAACUUGUUCCCAUUGUCGCAAACGCAGGCCGGAUAUGCUCCGCUAGGAACGCCGUCGGCGCUGGACAGGCAGGGAACGGAUGGCUCGUUGGAACGAAAUAAGACGUUGACAUAUUUGAAUGGUCUGUCCCUGAUCGUGGGGUUGAUCAUUGGAUCCGGUAUCUUUUCGUCGCCGAGCCAGGUGAAUGCGAACGCAGGGUCACCAGGUGCCGCGCUCAUCGUUUGGGCCGUGGCAGGCUUGUUGGCGUGGACGGGAGCUGCGAGUUAUGCGGAGCUAGGAGGUGCUAUUCCUCUGAAUGGAGGUGCGCAGGUUUAUCUAUCCAAGAUCUUUGGAGAGUUACCAGGUUUCCUCUUCACGUGGUGUGCGGUGCUGGUCUUGAAACCUGGAUCCGCGGCGAUCAUCUCGAUUAUCUUUGGCGAGUAUAUUGUUCGUGCAUUUGUCGGUGCCGACGUGGAACAUGUCAAUCCGUGGAUCAACAAGGGCGUUGCGAUCGGAGGUCUGGUGGCGGUUACUCUGUUUAAUUGCAUCUCCACCAAGAUCGCUACUCGAAUUGGCGAUCUAUUCAUGUUUUUCAAGUUUGUCGCACUGCUUGGUGUCACUAUUACCGGUAUCGUGGUCGCCGUGACUGGUCUUUCGUCCAAGGGAAGUGCCAGUCAGGAAUGGAAAACCCACGGCUGGUUCGAGGGUACGAAUACCGAGAUCUCCGAUUUCGCCGUGGCGUUGUAUGCGGGCCUUUGGGCCUUUGAUGGUUGGGACAAUACAAACUAUGUCACUGGCGAGUUCAAAAACCCCAAUCGGGAUCUACCACGAGUGAUUCAUACGGCCAUGCCGUUGGUCAUUCUGUGCUAUCUAAUGGCCAACGUCGCCUACUUCCUUGUCCUACCCCACGAAACCAUCGAAGCAAGCAACACCAUUGCCGUCCAAUUCGGCGGCAAAGUGUUCGGCCCCGUAGGCGCAUUGAUUCUCGCACUCGUUGUGGGAGCCAGCUGCUUCGGAGCCCUGAAUGCAACAACCUUCACCAGUGGCCGCCUCGUCUACGCCUCAGCUAAAGAAGGCUACCUCCCAUCAAUCUUCGGCCGCAUCGGCCUGGGCAACUCUUCAUCUCCCGCUCCCCCCGCUGCCAGCCGCCUUCGUCGCCGGUCAUGGGCAAGCAAAUCCCUCUCCCGAGUCUUCGGCGACGAAUCCCGCCUUGGCUUCACCCCCAUCAACGCUAUGGCAUUUAACGCCGCCUUGACCAUGGUCUACAUCGCCGUCGGCGAGUUCAGCACCCUAGUAACAUUCUAUGGCGUCGCAGGCUACACAUUCUACUUCGUCACUGUGCUAGGCCUCAUCGUCCUACGCAUUCGCGAACCACACCUUGAACGUCCCUACCGCACGUGGAUCACUACACCAAUUAUUUUCUGCUGCGUUAGUCUCUUCCUUCUCAGUCGCGCGGUGAUUGCAGAGCCCCUCCAGACUCUGAUCGUGGUGGGCUUUAUCAUCACCGGUAUCCCGGUAUACUACUGGCGUAUCUACCAGCGUGAUGGGUCUACGGGUGUCCUAGGCUGGAAGUUUUGGAAACGGCAUUCGCGGUAGAAGCCUGCAAUGAGGAUUGGUUACUUCAUCGAUAUAUCUCCGCGUCGCUGGUUCCCUUCUUUAUGAUUUGAUACCCAUACAUAUACAAACCCGAGAAGACACGAUGCGCUUUCAUAUAUGUCUCUCCUCUUUUCGUGUCACGCACUGCGUGUGAUUGGAUUGACCUUUUUCUUUUUCUCUUUCUCUGAAGCCUGCGAUUGGCGUACGAAGUGAUGACGGUGGCUUUGGGCCUGUGCUGCUUUUUUUCUUCCUUUCGAACUUCGAACUUUGUCUUAUUACAUUAUACACUUGAUGAUGUUGCGAGUGUCUUAGAUAGAUUUGAAUAAUCAUAAUAUUGCAUCUUA